GGCUAGGAGCCUACAGCUCUGUUCUAGUAUAUUACCUUUGUGGACAGUUCCAAAUUAAAAACCUUGUAUAGCUCACUCAUGAGGCCCAAUAAUCACCCCUGUAGCCUAGUUAUAAUCUAGUUAUAUUUUCAUUGUGGUUAAUUAUUUUCUAUGUGGUUAUUUUCAUUAACAUUAAUUUGUGAUUCAAAUACUUGGACAGCUUAUAGCUUACAGUUUAUACUCAAAUUGGUUAGGUGUGAAAUUUCUGAAGACUCUAGACAGCCCUAGAACAGGGCCCUUUUUGUAGUCCCGUGGAUCAAUUUCCAAAGACAAAACAAUAUAUAUACUUGUGUGGCACCUACCCCCAUCCCUGCUUUAGAAUGUAGGAUAACAUGACAUCAUGAGCUAAGACAAGUAUUGGUAUUAUUCUUUAGGCUAAGUCAAGUCUAUAGUACUAUCUGCUGUUGUCUUUCCUUUGACCAUCUUUGGCUGAUGGGUUGUCGACCCACACAGAUCUAUGCACACACACUUUUGAUUAAAAGACAGAGACAGACAAGUCAGCACUGCAGAAUGAGUAAAGAGAGUUGUGUUGGAUGAGUUGCCAAUGCCAUAGGCUAUUGACCAGAGAUAGCAUUGCUUAUUCAUUCAUUGAGAAAAGGCUAACUGGAUAUGAGGACUGGCAAUAAAGGCGGAGAGUGAGGCAGGUUUAUGCGUGUGUAAACACAUGAUGGUUGUGUAUUGACGUUGUGCUAAAUAGCGCAGUAGCAUUGAUUAGGGUCCUUGAUACAAAACAAACGUUGCGUUGAUAUAGCAGACAGCUGUCCUAAAAAGUCACAUUGUUUCCGAUGUAAGUAACAUCAUAACAUUGCCUGAAACGAGAAUAGUUUGUUACUAACAUAUGAGAUUGUGAACGAUAUUUAAUAUUGCCAUUUUACCAUAUAACCCACAGGUAACUAUUAGUGCUGAGCGGUUAACCGACAUCUAUUUUGGGGGGGGGCGGGGUUGACCGAGAUCGGUUCAAUUACCUGUACUUCAAUUCCAUUUAGUUCCGUUUUUUUGUGAGCCUAAAGCCCCCUUUCUCUUGAGAGAAAUCAAAUCAUUCACCAGAGAAUGGAACGCUGGGCUGAAGGGAGUUUUAGUUUUCAUUAAAGAAAUAUUCCGCCUAGUUCAGCCCAGAAAAGUUGUAAUUAACUACAAUGACCGUGAUCCAUUGCGCCUUAUCCGGCUCGGACAUAGAUGGAUACACUUACACUUUAACGCCUACUAAAUUAGGUUAGAUACAGACAGAACGCAUACACGAACAGAUAGCAUUCGAGAUGAAUGUACACAACACAAGGAAGAAAGAUAUGGAUAGAGAGAUCGUAAAAUUAUACCUUAAGUACUUUGAAGAACUAGUCAAAUGAUUUAAUCAGACAGCUCUGCUGGCUAGCCUAGCUAAAUAGAUGACAGUACAGUAUUGGGAGCAGAGAGAACGUUGUCUGGCCGUUUGGCAGCUACUUCCAGAGCAGCGAUGUGAUGAUGACUUUUAAGGAAUGAAAAAUAAUAGUCAUCAAAUAACAGCUAAAAUCGCAUGCUCCAUCCAUGACAGUGUGGGGGUCCAGAGUGAAGCGCUGCAUGGGGCCUAUCGUCUACACAGCUCCCCCAGAUGGUGGCUGGGGCUGGGUGGUGGCGGUCUCCUUCUUCCUGGUGGAAGUGUUCACCUACGGAGUCAUCAAGAGCCUGGGCAUCUUCCUCCAGGACCUGAUGGGGGAGUUUGGGGAGAGCAACAGCCGAGUCUCUUGGAUCAUCUCCAUCUGUGUCUUCGUCAUGGCCUUCACUGCUCCUCUCGCUUCUGUGAUGACCAACCGGUUUGGCUUCCAGACAGUUGUUAUGAUUGGUGGACUCCUCAUCUCCAUAGGAACCAUCGCCAGUGGCUUCACCAAAUCCAUCAACGAGAUGUACAUCACCAUCGGACUCGUUGCAGGUCUGGGGUACUGUCUGACCUUCUUGCCCACCAUUACUCUCCUGUCCCAGUACUUCUCCCACCGACGCUCCCUGGUCACAGCUGUCGCCUCCACAGGAGAGUCCUUCUCUGUGUUCACGCUCGCCCCAGCCUUCUCUGCUCUAAGGGACUGUAUCGGCUGGCGUUACACCCUGGUGGUGAUCGGAGCUCUACAGGGCAUCAUCAUCAUCUGUGGAGUUCUGCUAAGACCCAUCAUCAUCAGACCUGGACCAGCCACGGAGAAAGAAACUGAUGGACUGGCUGACAAAGAGCUGAAGGCUCUGAACACAGAGGAGGAGUACUACAGUAAGGAGAGGUUGUACACUAAGGGCAGUUCAUAUGUUAAGGAUGGGUCUUACACACUGCAGAGGGAUAGCAAGCUGGCUCAUCGUUACUCCCUGAGCUCUGGAGAGUCUGUAAACUCUGAAGUUCAGUCCCUCCAUCACCAGGUCCUGGAGGACGGCAGUAAGGCAGGGGAGGAGAUAGAGGAGGAGGAGGCGUCUUCACAGAGGUGCUUAGGAAGCAAGGAGAAGGAGAUGGAGAAGGACGAGGAGACGGAGGAGAAGGAUGAGAAGCAGACACAAACACUAUCCCCCCAGAAACUCCUUGACUUCUCCAUGUUAAGAGAAGGCAGCUUCAUCUGCUACGCUCUCUUCGGCCUUUUUGCCACAUUGGGUUUCUUCGCCCCUCAGCUCUACAUCAUCGAGCUGAGUGUGAACCGUGGCGUGAUGCGUCACCGCGCCGCCCACAUGCUCUCCGCCAUGGCCUUUGCCGAGAUCUUCGGCCGCCUCUCCAUUGGUUGGGUGCUAGGCAGGAAGCUGUUCAGAGGCAGGAAGCCCCUGGUGCUGCUGGGAUGUGUAGUUCUGCUGUGCCUGGUGCUGGUGGCCUUUACCCUGGUGUGGGAGUUCUGGGGCCUGGCCGUGUGUUGUGGGUUCUAUGGGUUUUUUAUAGGCACCGUGUCGUCGACACAUAUACCCAUGCUGGCAGAGGAGGAUGUGGUGGGCAUAGAAAGGAUGUCGUCAGCUGUGGGGGUCUAUGUGUUUAUACAAAGUUUCGCUGGGCUGGCGGGACCACCUCUGGGAGGUGUUCUUGUGGACCUGACUCAGAACUACGGCUCAGCGUUCUACUCCUGUGCGGUGGGAAUGAGUCUAGGGGCUGUGUUCCUGGGUCUGGUACGACCAGCGAAGAGAGGCCUGCUCUGCUGCAGCACAACCAGGCCUCAGAGCAUUUCGUAUUAUUCUAAUAAUACGAAGUGCUCUGAGACCAGGUUGUACAGCAGGAGGGGGGAUCAGAACCUCCCAGAACCCAUGCAGGUGGGGCCGGGGAACCCUGUACCUCAGCGAGAGGGGAAGGAGGCCCAGGACAGAGACAGUCCUCAGGACUUCCUAGAAGUUAACCUUGAUUUGGACCAGAAAACGUUACUGAAAAAGGCCAACAGAUGACAAUCUCUACUUGAAAAGACAUCACAAAGAUCUGGUUUUGGGUGUCUGGAGAGUGGCUCACACUGAACAAAGGAAAUCCCAAUCACGGCCGGUUGUGAUACAGCCUGAAAUCGAACCAGGGUGUCUGUAGCGACGCUGAAAUGCAGUGCCUUAGACUGCUGCGCCACACGGGAGCCCAUGAACAUGAACAUGGCUCAUGGUAUUGUAAGAGAGGAUACAAACAAUAUGUAGAUACAUGAAGUCAGCUGUGAAGAAACAAUAACACCAUGACAUCAUGUUGUAUUCAAUUACUUUUUAAACUUCACUUUACAUUUUUUAGACAAAGCAAUCACUUGGUACUAAUAAAACAUAAAUAUCACAAUAAUGUGUAAAGUCAUUGAAGUGCUUUGAAUAGAAAUGUACAUUCUAGGAUCUUCCUCUCAUCCUAGUGUAUAUUCAUAAAUCAUAUACAUUUCCUGAUUGUGACCAUUCUAGAAUUUAGAGGUAAAUCUGGAGAUUCUAUUAUCUCCAGACACCUCCUGAGCCACUGUCUGAAGGUCUGGAAGGGCAGAGUGGGUUUGGGACAGUAGGGCUCGGAGUCUGACUAGGAGAUAGUGGGCUGUCCAGGGCUAGCUGUUCCCCCCUUCUCUAUCCAUCGCAGCAAGGUCUGAGAGAGACGAGAUAUACAGUGCGUUUGGAAAGUAUUCAGACUUUUCCCACAUUUUGUUAUGUUACAGCCUUAUUCAAAAAUGGAUGAAAUUGUUUUUUUCCCCUCAAACUACACACAAUACCCCAUAAUG